AUGGAAGAUAAGGGGCGCGAGCGGCGGGACGAGAGCCUGCGGGCGCUGGUGCGCCACCUGCACGACUCGUACAUCCCGCGCCGCCGCAAGUGGAUGGUGCUGUUCCCGGAGGGCGGCUUCCUGCGCAAGCGCCGCGACACCAGCCAGAAGUUCGCGCUGAAGAACAACCUGCCGGUGCUGCAGCACGUGUCGCUGCCGCGCGUGGGCGCCAUGCACACCAUCGUGGACGUGGCCCUCACAGCAGCUCCACGCCGUAUACAACGCAUAAAGCCCGCUGCGACACCUCACCGCGGAUCAGCACCUCCCGACGACACAACCUCGCAACCAGCCAGUCCUACUGACGGUACAGUGGCAGCUCGAACCCGGCCCUAUCAACCUCACAACACUGAGCUACCCCAACGCCAGUGCGCCCUGCAUCUCUGUAUGCACGCUCGCUUAUCUCACCAGCGAUCUCUACCUACCCGAUUGCUGCGGCGCUCUGCAAAGCCACUCAUAGUCGGCUGUGCUGCCUCCACCGUGUUGCUGGACCUCAUCCCAGCGCGCCUGCCCACCGUCGGUGUCCGACUGAGCUCACAAUGUCAUGAACUAUGUAGCAGUGACUUGAAUUGGGUGCUGGAUAUCACAAUUGCCUACCCGGAGGGGAAGCCUUUGGAUUUGGGGGCCAUCGUGACGGGGUACCGGCCCCCUUGCAAAACUCUCCUGUUCUAUCGCCUGUACCCCUGUAAAGAGGUGCCCCCAGUGUCAGAUUGUUGUGACACAAACAUUCUCAACACCACUGCCAGGGGUUCCUGCCACAGAGAGCAUCCCAGGCUGUGCUGCUCGUCGCCAUAGCAACAGGAGGGAUUCACUGGGCGUUGAACCUUUUCGGUGGUACCACCGACUCGGCUGCAAAACCAGGCAGCCAAUAGUCCUGUUUCACCACUGGAUGUCAGUGGAGAAGUAGGAAAGUGAUACAAUUCAAAAUGCAAAACAGGAUACAUAUACUAUGUUGUAGGUUACCAUUAGAAAACAAGAAAGAAAACACAAAAAGAACUUCCGUGAUACCAAUCAAGUAAUAAGUAGUGUAAUUUUAGUUUUGUACCUUUACGCUACAGUAAAAUCAGUUUUAAAAAUGUUAAGUUAAUCUUGCUCUAACACUGUGGCAGCCCUGAAAUGGGCAGACUUUUAAUAGAAGAGUUUCUGAAAGGAAACGUUUGCCUGUGUUAUUCAGUGGAGCCUUUGUGAUAUUUCAGUGCAAAGGGCGUUGAUUAGUUCACUUGUUUCAUAUUUCUCUGUAAUUGUAAAUAGUCCUUUUCAAGACUACAUAUUAUGCUUACUGGUUUUUAAGGUAGGUUUGUCAAACCUGGGAUUAGUACAUCUCCUGAAAAAUUGAAUGCCACGAGUUUUCAGGAACUAUGCAAGUAGAUUGUGAACUGAAAAAGAUUAAAGUGAAACAAAACGUGUAAAUGAAAUUUUAUUUUUAGUUCUCACACAGGGUUUUACGAAUAAAAUAAAAUCAUGCCUUAUCUGAAAUGAUUUAUUCAUAAAUAUUUAAGGUUAGAAAGCUGAACAGAAAAGCACCAAAACUAGUCAUGGUGUGUGAGGUACAAGAAGAUAUACUUGGAAGUGCAAUAGUAGUUUUCGUUUAUCAGUAAGUUAUGUAUUUACUCACAACUUCAGAUAAAAACUAAUUGGGAAAGUUUGUCUUAGAUCUGUUAAUCAUGUCUUUGUGUGUACCAAUGUUCACUUGUAAUUAGAGAAACCUUCUACUAAAAUGAAGGUUGUGUAUCAGUAAACUUGUGAAUAUUCUUGCAUGGUGUUAACUAAGAAUUAAACAAGUUUGGUUUUAUUAUCAAAAACAUUUUCCAAUUAACAGAUCUUGUCCUUAGGUACCCACGCUACAGUCAAUCAUAGGUGCAUUUAUAAUAACAUCAGUAAGCGUUCCCAUUCAACCAAAGUUAUUGCUCAUUUCAGCAAAAAACAAGUACCAUUCUGUAUCAUUUGCAAAGAAAAUUUGAUCUGCCUUUACAGUGUAGUACAGUGUUAUUGUAUAUUUGUAGUAACCAUCUCUUUUCUUGCAAACUUUUUCUUCAAUUUCUAAUUUUCUCCUCUUACAAAUUAAAAUUAUCUUCAACAUUCUGUUUAAGUAAUAUAUUGCUGAAAGAUAAAACUUUGCUUUAAGCACAAGAAAUAUUCAAGUUUACCAAUAAAUAGUUAAUUUUUCAAUGGAUGCAAUGUAAUUUAAAAAAACAGUGGAUGAUAACAAAAUUAUACAGCUGAAACUCUGAGAAUAGUUUUGUUUGCACAUCGCUUUGUUCAUUCUACUUGCAACAGGUUUGACGUUGCUACAAACGAAAAUUUCCUAGUGAAUAGUUAUAAUUAAAUUCAAGUUGCUGCCAGAACCUUCUAAAAUUGGUAGGAAGCCAUAUUCUGUGCUUUUGUAGGGCUUGUUACUACAAACUAAGAACUCAGCAGAGCCCUAAGUUUAUGAAUGGUAGAGAUGUUCCUUUUGUGAUGAAAGGAUUGCUAUGGCUGGCAAAAUUAUCAUAGGUUCUCCCAUGAAAUAAAAUGCUUGUCAUAAUUUUGAAUGUCCAGUAAAACCCCUCCUUUACACUUUUCAAGGGUCUGAGAAAAAAUUGUUUAAAUGGCAGGAAAACUAUAUUCGAGGAACCUGAAAGCGAGGUUUUACUGCAUUUGAGGGGUGGGCCUUCUAGUGGGCAAUGUCGUAGCUCUGAUUACUUUAAAUAGUGAUGAACACUAUCCGAUGUACAUGCUUCUUUUUGAUGAACGAUUUUGUAAGAUUUAGUGAACAUGUGCAUGUCCAGGGGGGCUUCUGUUCUUGGGUUCAGGAAGCCAAACAUGCCCCUAGCUGAAAUCGGAAAUAGUUUGUCAAAAAGAAGCAUGUGAAUCGGUUCAAAUACUGGAGGAAAGAAAGUUCAGUUCAAAUUGAAGAGUGGUUGGCAGCAGUCAUGGGCACUGUUGGUUGUUUUGCCAGUCAGUUUAGAAAUAAGUACUAGUUCUGCAUUUUUCUGUCUUUUUAUCACUUAGUGAGUCAGAUAUAAAGUUAAGAGUUUUUCACUGGUGUUGUUACAACAAAGUUGAAUGGGAAGAGGAGUCGGAAAGAACUUAAUAACAUGGAGAAAAAAUUAUUUGUAGGUAGAAAUAUAUAUUUACAGAAAUGAAGACUAGAAUAUCAAUUUCACGUCCUGUCCAUAGAUCGGUCAAUAUCUUCCUAGAUAUAGUUCUCUGCGAAUGUGUUGUGAUUUUGUUGAUAACAAAAUUAACAAAAUACAUAUUAAGCUGCAGUGAUUUUUUUAAAGAUAACUUCUGGAUUUGCUAUGAAAUAUCAAGAUGGCCAAAUUUUGGAAAUAUUGUUAAUUUGUACAUUACCGUAGUGAAAUAUGAGAGCUGACAAAAUAGUAUCAGAUUUGCUUUUAAUUCAUAAAUUCUUUAACAAGUGUGAAAUACAUUACAAAAAUCUGAUCAGGAGAAUCUUUUUUAAAUGAAUUAGAAAACAGGGAAUGGUCAGGGAACUUUGAUCCAGAAAAUGUGUGGCCAUCCUGAUUAUGAAUAAUAAUGGUUAAUUGCCAUGAAUAACUUGAGAUAAUGGUUUCUGUGAAAUGUGCGACAUCAAGACAAGUUUAUAUACAGUUGGUUAGGUGGUGAUGCCAUUUUGUUCAGUUCAAAUCCAGCUGGAAAAUCAAUCUACAAUGUGCAACAGAACGUUAAUUACUUUCAGAAACAUUCAAAGUUGGAAUAAAUAAUAUAUGUUUGUACUGAGUAAUUAUUUUCCUUGAUUAUUAUGAAUCAUCAUAAGAGUACUUUCACCUGAAAAUAUGUUUUAGUGAAGAACAAGAAAGAAAAUAACUCUUUGUAUGUAGAUGGUUGAAUAUAAGAAUGAUAUUGUUAAAAUGAUAUGUACUGGCAAAACAAUCAUGCUUAUAUCACUUAAAAUUGCCGUUACUACAGUCAUUGUUGCAUGUUAAAAUUUUAAAAGUUAUCUUGUUAAAGAUUUCUGAAAAUAUGAAGUUUAUUAUUUUAAUAACUGCAUUGUAACACUAGUGAUACACAAGCAAUGUGAACAUGGCAUUUCAGAAGUUAUUUUGUGGACACUGCUUUGCACGCAUAUUGCAAAUCUUUCAAACAAUUGCGCAGACAUUGUCUGUUGCUGGCUGUGCUAUUACGAAAUAAUAUCCUGGCUUGCUUCGUAUUUCUUGCCAUACUUUCCGUGAAAGUAAAAAAAAAAAAAAAAAACCCUUCUUCAUCCUUAUUAAGUUACAUUGGUUAUGGUGCCUUGUUUUAUUGACAGUAUUUUUUUGUGGAUGCUCAGAAAUGCUAAAAGUAAGAAAAUGAAUGAAAAUUAAUAAGAUGAUGUUUCAGGUCAUCCGGAAAUUACCAAUAAAAAAAAAACAUAAGAUUUGAAAUGUGUAUUUCUGUAUAAAAUGUACAGAAACAAGGAACUGUAACCAAUAUAACUUGGUAAAUUAAUGACAGUCAUAUAAAUAAUAUUAAAUUUUCAUAUUUAAUUUUCACCCUUUUCCUUUCAGUCAAGCAGGAAAACAAAUGACAAUUGCUGAUUGCUUUUCCUUCAUCUCAGUCUCACUUUUCUGCGUUAGUCUGUUUUAGAAUGUGUAUUUGCUGGGAGUGAAUGAUGUGUUGUAAGCUUUUUGCUUUAAAAAUGAGUUGGUUGUGGAGUUUUUAUGUAAGUGGUACGAUAAAUUGUUGAUACAAGUAAUAGCUGAUAUUUUUAAUUCUUUGGAGGGGACGGCCGUCCGACUGAGUAUCUGAGAUCUUCAGAUGAAUAGCUAUGCAGCAAGGAUGUUUUAGGCAUGCAUAGUGUUGUAUAUUCCUAUUUUAUUUAAAUGAUGAGGUAGCUUGACUUCAUUGUUUGUUUUGUAAUCCACUUAUUUAAUGUUCAUUGGACAAAAUGUUUCAGCAUUUGUAAUGGGUCAUGUAACUUCAUUACAUCAAGCUUUACUCACAUGGACUUAUUUAAUUAUUUAUGUACUUUUGCUUCAUAUUUUCUUUGUUUGUCUUUAUUCACUUCAUGUGUAUGAUUCACUGUCUUGUACAGAACAUAAAACACUAGAAAUCUUUCCAUUUGUUGUAGAUCACAUCAAAACAUACAGGUAACAUUUUAUUAGGAAAAUAUUAAAGAAUUAAUAUUUGAGUGAUUUGAAUCAACAAAUGUCAGCCUAUUGAGAAUUCCAUGCAAGUUAAAAAAUUUCAAACAGAAACAAAAAUCUGUUUUUUGUAUGUUACUUUUCAAGGAGUACAUUUUAUAAGUGUUUAUGAGUCUUUAGUGGCUUUAAACACAAAACAAGUGGUGUUAUGUAAAAUUAAACUUAAUUUAAUUUUAGUAUUUUAAUUUUAAGUUACUUGGGUGGCAAUACAUCAAUAUAAACUGGUUUCAUUUUUCUCCUCUAGAACGCUAAAACUAACCAACUUUUAGCAUUGAACAUGACAAGCAAGGUGUUCUGUCUUCAACUGUUCUAUAACAAUUUUUGAUAAAUUUUACUUGAAUGGUUUUCACACUCGGGCAACAAAAUGAUGUUUUCAAGCCCAGUGACAUAAUUAAAAGAGUAUAGCAAUGCACUACACUCUUGGUUUUUGUCCAAUGACCACUACAACAUGUGUUUAGACAGAUUGUGCAUUUAUUGUGAAAAUGGCAUGUAAAAUGUACUAGUAAAAGGUUUGGAAAAGAAUAUGUUGUUUUUCUUUUUUGUCAAAAAUAUUUUUGUAGAUGGUGAAAGUUUCUUCUUUAUUCUUCUCUUUGAACAUUUCUUGAGUAAGUUGUGAAUUAAUAGGGUGUUGAACACGUAAAGUAUCAGGUAUUUAGGACAAGUACCAGUUAAUUAAGAAAACUUAGUUGCAUCAGUAUGAAUUAUUUUUUAAGAAUGAAUGUACCAAGUUGUAUAAUUGAAAAAAAUUAG